GUUUAGAAAACAUUUUUUCCAAUUCAUUUUAAAAAAUCCACUUUCUUUUGAAAAGAUAAAACGAGUAGCAAUAAAUGUUUCGUUUAUGUCGAACAGGCAAAAUGAAGGACGGCUAUCGCUACAGUUGUUGGGUCCUGAUAUUUGAAGUUUCGUAUCCAAUCAGAAAAGGGAUGCGGGAAACACCGCCGUUUGAAUCAUUAGAGAAGAAAAGAGGGUGAGACGGGAAGAAGUAUUGGAAGGUAUUUAGGCAGUCUGCAAUAAAGAAGUAUACACUUGUGGAUAAUUAAAGCUAUAAAAGACAGUGAAACUUCUAAAGAUGUAGCAGGAUUAUGUAGAGAGCAUAAGUAGGUCUAGGAUGUGAGUUGGGGUCUGUGUAUGUGCGGGAAAGAAGCUGGUAAACGUUAUGUAUAAUGUUGGCUGAUCAGGAAGAGAGCUAUCAACCGAAACGAGAGACUUAAAAAAGAACGUUUGUGACUGAACGGGAGGAGAGACAAAAGGUGCUUUGCAUUCAGUGUGGUAUACUCGUCGCUUGGAUUUCGUUGGAUUUGCUUUGAAAAUGAAGAUAUCGGAUAAGAACGUGCUGCGCCUGGCCGUCGUGCAGCACAUAAGAGCUCAGUAUGGAAUAAAGAUUAAAAACUGGAACAAGAGUAAGACGUGCAAGUUUCCAGGCGGCCCUUCGGUCAGAGUCUUUGGAGUGCCUCUUGACAACUUGGCGCAAUGUGCUGUGCCCGAAUAUGGUACUAUACCCUGUUUCUUGGUGGAUGCCUGCACAAAGCUUAUCGAACAUGUCCACACAGAGGGUCUGUUUAGGAAGUCUGGUUCUGUUACUCGUCUGAAAGCGCUGAGGGUGAAGCUGGAUCAGGGAGAGGGCUGCAUCCCCACAGCCCUGCCCUGUGACGUGGCUGGCCUUCUGAAACGGUUCUUUCGUGAGCUGCCAGAACCCAUCCUGCCUACAGAUCUACAGGCAGCCCUGCUCAAGGCACAGCAGCUGCCCACAGCUGAGGAGAAGACCUCUGCUCUCCAACUGCUGUCCUGUGUCCUGCCUGACAGAAAUGCUCACAUUCUGCGCUAUUUCUUCACUUUCCUCAGAGAUGUCUCACAGAGAUGUAGUGAGAAUAAGAUGGACAGUGGGAAUCUGUCAGUUAUUUUCACACCAAAUCUCCUGCACUGUGAGGGUGUGGAGAAGAUGAGCUCUGGUAUGGAGAGAAAGCUCAAGCUGCAGGCUGCCAUCGUGCGCUUCUUCAUCGAGAACCCCCAGGACAUCGGAGUGGUCCCUCCAUUCAUCCUGGAGAGGAUCCCAGCCAUGGUAGGCUAUGAAGCAGGUCUGGUCUCACCUGUGCCAAUCCAAGUCGAGGACUGGGAAACGGACUCUGGGGUGAAGAAGAAACAGAGGCGGAGUUUAGGAGAUGUGGUUAAUGGAGCUCUACAUAAGUUAAAAGCUAAUAGUACGCCCGUGAAUUCAUCCCUGUCCAGUGAAGAUGGUCUCAAAUGGCCACCCAGUCGUUUUGACGUUGGAUGCGUUGCUGGCUAUGCGAAUGCUCUUUUCUUCUCGGUGACACCUGUGAUUGUGACUCCAAACACUAAGAGGAAGAUGCCCCUGGAGGUGGCUCACAGCUGCAGCUUCUCAAACAAGAAGAGGAAGUCCAUCAAGAAGAACCUGGGGCUGGAGCUGCUCCCCAACAGCCUGUUCAGCAGCAGCUCUACCCCUGGCUCAGGUAGGGGGCUUGACUCCAGCCCCUGUGUGUCCCUGAGUGCCUCAGUCGGUAAGACUAGAGAGCCGUCUGGCAUGUCUGCAAGGAGGAAGAGCAAACGGAUGAGCAAGCAUGUAAGCAGAGUUGAGUCGGGGAAAGCUGGCUGCUUCUCUCCCAGAGGAACCAAGAAGGAGUCUGUGCGCAGAUCGCUGCGUUUGCGUUUCUCCCUGGGGAGGAGUAGGGGAGACCCUAAUGUCAUUUCACAUUCUCUCCUGGGGCCAAAGGCAUCUGAGACCAUUGGCUGGCGGCUUGCCACUCAAGAAAGCACCAGCAGCUUUCAGUUCACCAAAGAUACGCCUUUCAGUCCUGCUGCUUCACAUGGCAGGAGGCCCUCAAAACGUUCCAAGCAAAUAAGCAAGUCUGAAGACAACCUGCUGAGCCCACAGUGUGCUGUGGCUGGACAGCAAACGUCUUGGAACUUGGGCAGCCCUGCUGUGUCCCGGGCCUUUAGCAGUGACUCUCUUUCAGACUCCCCCGUGGGAAGAUGCCAUAAGAACAGCAGCUGCUCAGAGCCCACUCUGGCUACCACCAAGCUCCCUGCUGUCGGACACUUAUCUGAGGAUGUUUGCUCCUCCUCCGUGGGGGGCGACACCGUGACUGGGCCCACGGUACUUCAGAUCAAGAAGGCGUUCGCACAGUCUGGCACCAACCAGCGUUCGCUCAUUGACUGUAGCGCCCUCUCAGGGAAGGAGCUGGUAAUGCAAGCCGAGGAGACAAGCCUCACGUCUACAGAUUCUCAGGAGAGCAAACAAAGCUGUUACAGUCCGACUCCAAAGAAGGCAGUUACUGAUGAACAAAAUGUGACAAUUAGUGAGCUAGAAAUAACUCCUCUGACUCCUUUACAUAUUGACUCCACCCUGUUUGAGCUUGGACCGUCAGAGAGUUCUCUGGACAAAGAGGAAUCUGUAUUCCAGUCAGGGGGGAAGGGUGACAUAGGAGAGGCUGAUCAGGAGAACAACAGUGGGUCGGUUGAGAUCAUCGAUGGUAAUGGCCCGUCAGUGUCCUACAGAAUAGAACUGCAAGUGCCCAAGCUGAACAGCCCAGGUCUUUCUACACUUGGCACCCCCCCACCCAUGCAGCUGCCCACUGCUAAGGUUUGCCGUGUAAAGUCUGAAAACUCGGCGGGCCCUAAAGAAGCACGACACUUGCGGGUGGCCGACCACAUCCAACGGUUCAAUACCCUCACCCUGAAUUCCCCCAAGACCAAAGCAGUCCGAUCCCCCCUCAAGUUUCAGCGCACCCCUGUCCGCCAGUCUGUUAGGCGGAUCAACACUCUGCUCAUAAGCACAACACGUGUCCAGGUUCCCGAGAGUCCUGUCAGGAAGUCCAUCAGCCUGGAGAGCGGCCUGUCUGUAACAGAGUGGCGGGUCAGUGAAGCGCACGUAGACAAGCAAGCCAAACCGCGCCCUAAAGUUGCCCCAAGGAGGCCCUCUACCAAUAGGCGGCAAGGUGGUGGCAGUGCCCUCGACGAUGUAACUAACAGGGUAAAGCAAAAGGCCAAAAGCGAGCCUUGCCAGCCGCUCAAAAGUAACACCGCCUCUCGUUCUGUGAACCCACCGAAGAUCAUUUUGCAUGAGGUGUAUGAAAAUGACAAAUGUUGCUACAGAGGCUCACCCAGAAACCCCCUUAGUGAAGGCAGGCUUCUCUCAGCCAUGAAGCCCAUUGACCUCUGACCCUAUUGUUUGCAAUGCUUUACUUAUUGCUAUAUGUGCAAUCUAGGCUAUUUGUUAAAACUGAACAGAAAACAUUUUCUCCUUUGUUUACAAAACUUAAUUUAUGUGACUGGUUGGUAAUUGACAGAAUAGUGAUUUAUUGCUGUAUAGUACUCUGAUUUCUGCCUGAAUUUGUGAUGUGAGCAUCUACCGUGACUUCUGAUUGGCCGAUGGUAAUUCAUUUUGAGUGUAAGACAUGGGUUGGUGUGUGUGAGGUUGGCGCCUUAGUCUUAUUUAUAUCUAAUUUUUAUAGACUUUAUAGUUUUACUGAAUCUUAAGAUUAGCAUUUAUCAUUUUUAAAAGGAUUAGAAUUUGCUUCGUUUUGGGCCUUUACUGUAAUUUACGUUUUUUGUUUUUUUUUGAGUUGGUUAGAAUAAGUUUACAUGUCCUGUUUCAAAAAAUUUCAAGGAGUGUUUAUAGUGAAAUUUUGCGUAUGACAUGACGAUUAUGCAAAAAAUUGAAAUUUAACAUCCAAUAAAUGCUAUAAAAUGUGA